AUGUCAAAAGUUCAAGCCUCUGUCGUUAAAGUUCCAGACAGUGAACUCAUUGAAUUUCUUCAACGUUACAUUCGACGUAAGAGGAAAUAUUAUGCCAUCGUUGAAUUUAUACAGUCAGGAAUGCAAAAGACUUCUGAGGAGAUGGAAAGAAUUAUUGACAAACACCACUUACGUCAAUACUCAGGAGUUUACGAUAUGAAACGACUUACAAACUACAUUCUGUCAAAACUUUCAAAAUACCCCUUCAAAAAGUAUCCUUCAAACACUCUGCUCGUUUGUGACGACUUCGCCGGAAAAGGUUUAGUGUCAAAACCAGACUCACCAUUAGCUAACAUCAUUACUAAAGUCAGACAUUACCACUUAACUGUAGCAAUACUUAUGCAAACAUGGAGGUUUUUAGCUUUAAACAUAAAACGUCUCAUAACUGACUUCGUUAUCUUUCAAGGUUUCUCACGUUAUGAUAUUGAACUCAUUUGGAAACAGUCAGGUAUAACAUUACCUUUUGAAGAAAUUUGGGAAGCAUAUAAGUCUCUCAUCUCUCCUCGUUCAUACCUUGAGAUUCAUAUCAUGACUAAUACCAUUAAAGUCAAAAAUAUUCCAUGGGAACGACCAACAUUAUUUUAA